UCUUCGAACUUCACGUCGGCAUUUGAUUGGAGGAAAGCACACGUUGUCAUAGAGACGUGAUAUUUCAGCCAAUCAAAAUUACCAAACAGCACAAGGAUAAAGUCAGCUCAAGUCAGCUGCCUCUGACAAACACGACCACUCCUCUUGUUCAAAAGGCAACGCAUUAUUGAAUGGAAUUGGGAAACACCUUUUUAAAGGCAGCAGUCAGUAGUUUUCGAGUGACUUCGGGGCCGGUAGGUCGAGACUAAGGCGAUGUUGAUCUUGUGGUGUUUUGCCUUGCUUUUCGCGGUCAGCCAGAGCUCAGCUACCACUGCCGAGCUCUCUGCGAUUGUUAUUGAUGCCCAAUUGAAUACCAGCUACUUGCAGUCAGUAAACUCCACAUCAGAAAUAAUUUUUCUCUACUCCAACGUCAGUCAGAUUCAUGCGCGAGCGCCAGCAAGAAUUAGCGUAUCUAGUAGCGAAGCAUCUCAUGACUCUCCAGUCCUUGUUGUUGUUCGGCAGCAAAGAGGAGUGCUUUCUUGGCAGCUUCCCUAUGCCACUGAUAGGGGGUCGUACACCUCAGUUUCCAGAACGUUGUGCCCGGCUAGCUUGUUUAAGUCGGAAGUUGAAACGCAGGAAAAUCUGAUUGUGAGUGUGUCGACAUCGAGCCACUUAAACGUCGCUUUCACUGUUUUGGUGGAAGUCGAGUCAAAUUUUGAACUGAAAAUAGAUAAUGAAAGGAACACAACAGUAUCACCGUCCCAGCCACGAUUUUUCAGUUUUGAGUUUCCUUUAGAAGUAAACACCGUGCUUCUUGAGGCGGAUAGCUCAGACAACACUUGCAUGACAAUCUCGUUGCAAGAGCGAAAUUGUCCUGUGUACGAUCUGGAGGGCACUGUAAUGUUUGAAGGCUCUUGGCAAACCAUGACCAAGAAAGGAGGCAUAACACUCUCACGAGAAAAAUUCCCUGAUGGUUUCUUCAUUGUGCUGGUGGUGCAUGGAGAUGACACUGCUUGUCUGACCAACACUCCCUUUGAAUCGAGCUCCAGACAAAAAAAUGUGGUCUUCAGUCUGAGGAAGAAAAUUUCGUACGACGAGUACCUUGUUGCAACGUUUGGAGCUUUCGGCGUGUUUGCUGUAUUUUACUGUAUUUCCUUCAUAGUUGCCGUUUUGCACCAGAUGAGCCGGCGGAGGCAACGAAAUGCAGCUGCUACUGGUGUGCAGAACGAGUGUUUAUUGGAAGGUCUAGAAGAGGAGAAUGAGACUGUUGCUGAUCCAAGGAGCAGAGAGGAAAGACUUAGAAGAAAAGUGAAUGCUGGUGAGCCUGUGUUUGUGAGUGAUAUGUCAAGAUCUGGAAGCACAGAACUUCGGAGAUCAGCUCAGAAGUAUCUGUGGAACAUCUUAACUGUGGCUACUUUCUAUGGCUUGCCUGUAAUCCAGCUGGUAAUCACUUACCAAAGAGUGCUCAAUAACACAGGCAAUCAGGAUUUGUGCUUUUACAACUUUCUCUGCUCCCAUCCUGUGUCUGUUUUGUCCGACUUCAACCACGUGUUUUCCAACGUGGGAUAUGGUUUGCUGGGAUUACUGUUCGUGAUGCUGGUGUACCGAAGAGAAAGGCGCCACCUGAAAGCAGUUGCUUUGGACCCAACGCGUGACACAGUACUUGGCUUGCCGCAGCAAUUUGGGCUUUUCUAUGCUUUGGGCGCCGCUCUGAUUUCCGAGGGAGUGCUCAGCGCCUGUUACCACGUUUGCCCCAAUCAGCAAAAUUUCCAAUUUGAUACGAGCUUCAUGUACGUAAUCGCCAUGAUGUGCAUGCUGCGGAUUUACCAAAACCGGCACCCAGACAUCCAUGCCAGCGCCUACACAACCUUCGCAAUGCUGGCUUUUGUCAUCCUGAUCGGAAUGAUUGGCGUGCUGACCGGCACAGUCAUUUUCUGGAGCCUGUUCACUGCGGUGCACAUGACCCUUUGUCUGCUGCUCAGCGCGCAGGUGUACUACAUGGGUUGCUGGAACCUGGACUUGGGCGUUCCAGCUCGUGUCUGGGAAGCGUACACCCAGCCUGGUCUCUCGUUCAAAACGAGAAUCUUGCCUGUGUAUCCCAAGAGAAUGGCUCUGCUCAUCAUAGGCAUUCUCGUCAACGUUGCUCUCAGCGUGGUUGGGCUAAUGUUCAGGCCGAAGAAUUUCGCCAGCUACCUACUGGCUAUUUUCAUGGCCAACCUCAACAUCUACGUCUGGUUCUACAUAGUCAUGAAGCUGGUGCACCGCGAACGAAUCAGCUGGCCAUCUCUCUUCCACAUCCUGGCCUCUUUCGUGUUGUGGGGGCUAUCGCUGUUCUACUUCUUCCACAAGAACAUCUCGUGGCAAGAGACCCCCGCCCUUUCGAGGACAUACAACCACCCUUGCGAUCUGCUCGACUUCUACGACUACCACGACAUCUGGCACUUCCUCUCAGCCGCCAGCAUGUUCUUCUCCUUCAUGGUGUUGCUUACCCUCGAUGAUGAUCUGCGCUUGGUUCCCCGCACCCAAAUUAGUGUUUUCUAAAAAUUCUGUGAUGGAUGUGUUUCUAGUCCAGCUUUGCUGAGCCCAGGCUAGACACGUACUUGAUUUAGCGACUAAGUCAUAAAGUAAGCUGCUGACUGCUACUGUUAGGUUACCAGAUAAUUAACUUGUGGUCAUUGUGCAAUAGGUUAAGUCAUAUGAAACGAUUAUUUGUUAAACUCCAUGUAGUAAAACUGCGUUGUUACGGUUGUUACCAUUUCUGUCCACUAUAAGCAGUCAUAAGUUGAAAUCGAUCAAAACCUUGCCUACUGGAGCGAAUUUUCAGAUAUUUCAGCGCAAUAUUAGAAUAAUUUGGUAAAAAAUCGUGGAAAUUAUUUAUGCUGCUCAAAGUCUAUUUUCGAUUCAAUGCUGAAUCUCUUGAUCAUAAUCUGCAAUUACAAAAUUUGUACCUAAAUUAAGUUAAAAUUGCCAUUCAUCAACAGGCUUAUAGUUUUAUGUUAGCAAAGAGGCAUAGAAAAAUAAACAAUGACGAAAGCUUUAUUUAGAAA